AUCAAUUUGUGUUGAGCGGUGGAACAAAAUGACCACCCCACUACAUCUUCUUGCAUUUGCAUUGACUCCCAAAUUUUAUAGUGAUGAAAUGCUUGCUAAGCCAUCAAGGGUACCACCAUAUAGAGAUUCAGAAGUCAGUGAAGGGUGUAGGACAGCACUUGCUAAACUCUUCCCAGAUUCUGAAAUGGAGGAUUUAAUGACAAGUGAGUUUGCUGAUUUUGUAGCCUCCAAUGGUCAAAGUGUUUCCGCUCUCCAUGACAAGUAUAAAAAGGAUUCUCAUGCUUGGUGGUACCUCAAUGGCCAUACAUCACCAAACCUUCAAACUCUUGCAAUCAAAGUUUUAUCGCAAGUUGCUAGUUCCUCUUCAUUUGAGCGAAAUUGGAGCACAUACUCCUUUAUCCACUCAGUGAAACGCAACCGACUGGCAGCAAGUAAGGCGGAAGAGCUCGUUUAUGUGCAUUCAAACUUGCGCCUUCUUACUCAUAAACAAAAUGAGUAUAAGGAUGGGAGCACAAAGUUUUGGGAUGUAGAUCCAGAGCGAACUGAUUUGGAUUUUUCAGCUGCCACACAAUCUUUACUUUCUGGGGAGUCUGAUAGCCAAUGUGCUGCUAGUGCAAGUGGCAGUGAGGCUGCAUGUGGUUCCAGUACUCUACCUACAUCAUCUAAUGUCAAUGAUGAUGUUGAUCUUGAUCUUCCUAGUGACCCAUAUGAUGCUAUUGCUGAUUAUUAGUUGUGUUAUUUUAUUGUUGAACGGUUGAGCCAGUGAACAAUGAAUUCGAUAUCUAUCAUAACAUUCAAAGU